AUGUUGGAAGGGAAAGAAAGGCGCGUAAUUGAGAUCAGCUGCCGCCGUCGUCCACUUCCGAUCUACCCCCGCUGUCGCAUUGACCUUCUCGCCUUCCUGCGUUCUUUGUUUUUGUUUGCUCCGUGUGUUUUUUCUCAAAUUUCUGCCCCGUAUCAUUACGAAAUUGGCUGGAAUUUCGGUUCGCUUUUGCCAUUUACGUCUUUUUUUUACGUUGCCGAGUUUGUUUUUUAUUUUAACGCUCAAAGCGUGAUGAUAACAUUCGAGUCAAAAAUAAAAACGCAUUUUUUGAUACUUUUUUGAACGAAAUAAAAGAUCGAUGUGCGCACUUUCUCAGGGUUCAAUGAUCUUAAGAAAAGCUUUUUUCUUCUAUAGCUGAUUCACGGCUGACUUGAGCCAUCGAAAAAAGGGUCCUGACACGAUAACGCACGAGAUAGCGCCUGGCUCGUGGAGAGCGCAGGCAGGACACGCCCCUUAGCGUCCCAAGCUGGCCGUGAAUCAGCUAUAUUCUAAUCAAACUUUUUUUCUACUUUUUUGACGCUUUUUCAUGCUGACGGUUUACAGGGCAAUGAAUGGGGCGGUGAUCGAGAAUUUGAGCAACCGGAAACUCUUCGUUCUCUUGAUAUCACUGUUCUUCGUCCAAACUUUAUUUUUCGUCGUCGGCGCAUAUUAUGGUUAGUUUUCCAGUCCGAGAAAUUGAAGCUGUUCUACGAUAUUUCAGCUCCUUCGCCCUCGACAUUCAUGGAAUUCGAUAUGAUCAAAUGCAAUGAUCCGACGCGCGGCAAGAGUGGCGAGUGGUUUCAAAGAGAGGUUAGCCCAAAAGAAAUCCAAUGGAGCUUUUGUUUGAUCUUUUGUUGGCAUAUAGCGAAAGAUGUGUUUUGAGGCGAAAUUUGAGGCAGACUUGUACUCAAAAGAGGUUUAAAAAUGUUUGCUUUUCAGAAUUGCCAACUUAUCGACGAUUUGUCUCAGUUCACUCCGUCAUCCUUCGACCUACGAGAAAUUGUUUUUGUUGCCAAAAUGCCGCAUUCAAGGUUUUCAAGUUGUUGAUCGAUUUCGACUAUCCACUGUUACCAAGGGAAGGAGUCGAGUUGGAGUACUCGCCUUGGUUCCAGUUCCUUCUGGGAAUUUUGCACGUCGACGUCGAAUACAGCGAUCACUUUAAGUAUGGUGUGUGUUUCAUUAUGUUUAAUACGAACGAAAUGAUUUUUCUGAUGGAAAAAAAGCAAUUUGGUGAUUUUCAGCCACUUUUCUUUUUUAAGUUGCACCGGCCACGUUGCUCCUUGAAGUGAGGAUGGGCUAUCGAGACAAAAAAUGGGGGAGAAACGAGUGGGCGGAGCUUGCUAGGAGCAACGUCACCAGAACCCUGGAGUGCAGAAUCGAAGAGAACAAUGUGAGAGGCUCUUUAUAACUCAAAUAUUUUCACAUUAUUGUAUACGAUCUUCAAGGAAGUGAAAAAAGGGAAACGGAUUAAUAAAGCCGGCUAAAAAAACAUCACAUUUUUGAGAGUUGUAUGCGUUUUCGAAUAGAUUUUAGUAGAAAAAUGUUCUUCUUUAAAGUUAUGAAGAUUUUAAAGAUCAUUCCAAAAGUUGGAAAAAUUCUUAUGCUCAUUGAGGCGGUUUGAAUUACUUCAUUUUUCACUUUUGAAUUUUUUUGUCAUGUUGUUCACAUUAUAAUCGUAUUUUUGCAAUUUUCGCUGAUUUUCCUCCCAAUACUAGAUUCUAGUUUUUUUUUUCAUUCGGCAGGGUAUCAGACAGGAGUAAUCCAGUACAUUUAUCACUGAUCAAUGUGAACUCCUGUGAGUAUUGAUUUUAUUAUUUGAAGAAAAAAGAAGGCCGCGCCUACGAUUGCGACGUUUUGGAUCUUUUCGAGUUCGGUUCGAAUAGUUAUCCGUUUUAUUUGAUCAACAUACGGAUACCUAUCAAUCAGGCCGAGUGCAGGUUUAAAAGUUUUAUUUAACACCUGAAAAAGCUCUCUAGUUGAUCUGCUGCAGAUCGAAUUUUGAAAAAUGAAUAUUUUCUGAACAGUUUUUUUCUUCAAAAACUUGCUUUUCCAGGUACUCUCCCGCUAGUCCUAACUGCCAAAUCGGUCGGAUCGUUGGCUUGAGAUUGAUCGUCAGUUCUUUUUUUUUCAAAUUAUGAUUAAAUUCUCCAGGAAAUACAUCAAAACGGCGGAUUCACGUUGAUUUGGCUGUGGCUGAAGACGGCUUUGACACCGAUCGUUAUAGCCAGCCUUUGGUGGUACUGGAAAAGGGUUUGUUUUCCGUAAAUUUUCCAGAAAGCAAAAUACCAGGCUGUCCAAUAAUUCUUGUCCGAAAAUUUCGCCAAAUUUUUUUUUCAACUCUAUUGAAGAACUGUCUCUGCCGAUUGAGAGAAAAUACACGGCGUCCGUGCCCGUAUUCCGUGUAUUUUCUUCACUCGAAAUGGUAGCUCUCUCAAUCGGCCGAGGCUACCCUAGAGUGUACACGGCGUCCGUGCCCGAGCCCCACCAUCACCGCCGUGCCCGUACCCGCGAAACUGAGGGAUCUACUUGUGGAAGAACGAAGACCAAUUUUUUUCGGACAAAGUCAGAAUGAUGGAUAAUGGGUGCUACGAAAAGAGCAAGUUUUCCAUUUUCGAGGAGUACUGUAUGCGGGUAUGCGCAUUGCGUGUUUACACUUUUCUUGCGUGACGUCAUCGCGCGGUACAUCUACGGGUUUUUUUGACGUUUUUUUUUUCGAAUUAUUUUUUGAUACUUUUUUUAUCGUGCAAAUAUCAUCGAGAAGAAUGCAAAUCUCGAUAAAAUAAAGCGAUGACGUCACGCAACAAAAGUGUAAACACGCAAAGUGCAUGCACGCAAUGCGCUUUGCCGCAUACAGUACUCCUCGAAGAUGGAAAACUCGCUCUUGUCGUAGCACCAAAUAAUGACCGUCAAAAGGGUGAGGCUCAAAAAGCCAGCUAAAAGAGUCCCAUAUCGAGCCUUCAAUUUUUUUUUCUGAGAUUUAAAAAAUUUUUAAAACCUUUAAAAAGGCUCAAAAAUGAUGGAAAAAGGUAGAAAAAGCAAAAAUUGCGCAAAAAGGCAGCAAGAAGGAGUAUUUUUCACCCUAAAAGGAACAUUUCUAUGGAGCCUUUUUCUAUUUUUUUCCGACUUUGUCUAUGAAAGUUAUAAAACCUCUCGCCGUCCUUAUACAAAGAAGAAAAAAAUAUUGACAGAUUGAACAACUGGCUCGGAAACCGCUGCUUCUCGAGAAGGCGAUUAUGAUGCUGGGUGUGAGUCUCGCGGUUUUGGAUUGUGAGUCCUUUUUUCUAAAUGCUCACCAAUAAACGUCUGUCGCAGUUCCUUUGGAAUGGGCUUCGUUGUCCCUGCACAUGCCGCUGCUGUUGCUGGCGUCGGACCUGCGCCAGGGCCUUUUCUACACGAUUCUGUUCGCAUUUUGGCUCAUCUUCGCAGGCGAACAUCUCAUUGACGACACCACGCGCAAUAACAUCGUUAGUUGGGGAACAAAAAAAAAUUUCAAACAGAAGGCGUUUUGAUCAUUUUGAAAAAUUAAACAACCUAUCAAACAUUUUUGCUCCUUUUCGGAACCAUAAGCCUUUUGAAGCCGUUUCAGUAUUGAGUAAACAUAUUACUAUUUGACAUUAGUUGAGUAAACAGAUAUGCGAAACUUGUUUAAAGGUAGUAUAUUCGUUGGGGCGAUGGCUGAACGGAUAUUUCGAAACGAGUUUGUUCCUAAGAGGCAGAGUUGGAAGAAAUGAUGGGCCCUCUAGGGCGCAAAAUGCCCGCCCUAGCCAUCAGGCCUCUGAGAAGAAAUGAGCCGCGUCAUUAUGUGUCGAUGGCGUAUAAUACCACGUUGCAAAAGUAGGGCGAAAACUGUCAUUUUUGUUCAUUUUUCAUUAAAUCGUGGGUUUCGCAAUUUUUUCAAUAGUUUUUUUAAUUUUUCAGUGGAUAUGAUGUCCAGUUGAAAUUUUUUAUGUGAAGUACGGUUAUAUUUAUUUUUUUUUUUCUUUAGGCGAAAUGUCCCAGAUGUAUGGUUACGAACCCGCUGACUAGUGAGAGAAUAUAUUUCCGUUGCCACCAAAUUAAAAAUUCAAAAAACCUUGUUCUAAAGCUUCAAAAACAACGAUUUUACAAGAUUUUAGAAGAUUCCAAUUUUUUAGCGUUCUUUUUCUUCCAAUGGCGUUUUUUUGCCAUCGCGGUUUUGGCCUCGGGCGCCCUGGGCAGCGACUUAUUAAGAAAUGGUCAUGGCGGCCUACGUCGGUUUUGAAAUGUAAACGUUUAAAAACGCUUAGGGGCGCCAUUUCUCCAACUCUGCUAAGAGGAAUCGUUCUAGCCCAUCCUGCGCCAGGUUGUCACGAUUCUCCGAGCUACAGAAUUCUUUCGGGAGAAUUCCUUUAUUUCCGAUUCACAGCUGACUUGAGCCAUCGAAAAAAGGGUUCUGACACGAUAAUGCACGAUAUAGUGCCUAGCUCGUGGAGAACGCAAACAGGCCACGCUUCUUAGCGUCCCAAGCUAGCUGUGAAUCAGCUAUAUCUGCGUGCGGUGUGUCUCUGUGCGUGCGCCUUCAAUACAACGGAAGUUCUGAGCUAAAUUAAAGGCACAUGCGAAUCGAAGGGGCUUUGUAACCCAGAGGGAAACAAAAAUCGUGCCGGUGCGGAAUGCGCUCAACCGUGAAUAAUCGAGACCUUACUCGAAGCGGAUUUUGUCUUGAAUAAAGGCUUAAAAAAAUUGAAUUGAAAAAAUUAUUUAGGCCGAAAAAAAGGUUAUGAAGAGGUUUUGAGUUUCAUCCUUUGUCUUUCCAGAUGUCUUACCGCUUCAACCUUUCCUUCAUUGGCGUCGCUUCUGCCGCUCUGAUGAUCUACGACGUCGUUGAGCGCGGCGUCCAACUCUACAAUCCUUUCUACAGUGUCUGGGCCAGCGACAGUGGCGCUAGGCUAGCGGUCGGUCAUUUUCAAAAAUAUUCAUUAGGAAUUUUCAGUUCUUAUUGAAGGAAAAAAAAGAACCUGGCUGUUUUUUUUUCAAGUGGGUCACCAAACUUGUAAAGGUGAAUCGAUAUAGAUCUUUCCGCGCAAGCUUGUCCCGAUUUUUGUUUUUUUGGAUUGCGUUCGAAGCGCAGACCUAUUUCUGUGCAUGCGCCUUCAAUAUAUAAAAGGCGCAUGCACAUAAUUAGGCCGCUCGCUUUGAACGGAAUGUCUCCUUUUUAGCUUCUCUCGCCUUUCAAGUCGGGAAAAAUUGACUGAACCGGGUAGCUGCAUUUUUUUCCACUAGUGAAUCGACUCAACCACAUAAUCUGCCAACAAAGUGCUCUCUCCAAAAAACUUAGAUAGCCCUUUGUUAGCUAAUAAUGACUUGGCAUGGCCAACAUAACACUGGUGCUAGAAAAAGUAGAACCUGAAAAAAUUCUAAUAAAGAAUCAGCUUUUCAAUGAGAUGGCAGAUAAACUUACUAUGGCAUGGCCUCCGCUCGACAACGAGUGGAGAAUCGAGACUUUUUAAGUGGGUAGGCCUAGGUGAGAGUACUCGGAACCAAUAAUGAAAUUGUGCUCAACCACACAAUCAACCGAGGAAAAGCUUGUCGGAAGUUUUCCAGCGUGCAUAUGGCCGCGCUGGGAGCCCUCGGCUAGCAACUGGUGGCGUGGUGGAGGGAGUAAAGGUUUUCUGCACUGUCAAAGUGAUUCUAAUCCUCUCGGCGGAAAUCAUUUUUGCCGGCUCAUAAGUUUAUCAUUUUCACAUAUUUGUGAAAAUUUUUUUUAAAUCUACAUCAAAACUUGCAGAAAACUAUUAUUUCUACUACUUUCCUUAUGCCAAGCUCUCUUCUCGUAAUGAGGUUUCUAAAGAAAAUCUACAACUAUAUGCAAAUAAUAAAAAGUAUUAGCCGCCAAAAGGAUUUGAACUAUGGUCACAAUAUGGACAGUGCGCAAGACCACUGCCCACUACACCACGCCACCAGUUGCUAGCCAGAGGCUCCGAGCGCGGCCAUAUGCGUGCUGAAAAGCUUUCGACGAGCUUUUCCACGUUUGCCUGUGGGGCUUAGCAGAAUUUUAUUUUUGAUUCCGAGUACUCUUACCUAGGUCUACCCACUCACAAAGGCUCGAUUUUCAACUCUUUGUUGAGAGGAGGCCAUGCCCUAGUUAGUUUCAUUUUUUUCAGUACGCUGCGAUUCUCGUUGGCGUCGUUUGCACUGCGUUUUAUUUCGCCUUUUUGAUGUCUAAAAUCAUCAAAGUAUGGCUGACAAUCCGGAAGAAGAGAGCCGCUCAACUGUACAGAACGUGUGAAAAUCGUCGCCUUAAGGUGAGUUGAUCUGUUGCGAAACGUCAUUCGUGAUGUUCUAAUUGUUUCAGGUCGAAGUUGUAAUUUACCGCUUCAAAUUUUUGAUGUGUUUCACGUUGGUUUGUGCCGGUGCGACGAUUGUUGGAUAUUUUAUGAAACAAGUUGGUUUUCACACUUGUCCAAUAAUUCUCAAUAAGAAGUUCAACGUUCUAAACUCUUCUCACAGUGAUAGGAGUAUUUUCUGCCUUGGUUUCAUUUGGUAUUAUAUGGAAUUUCAGUACGGAGAAGCACAAAUCCACUCAGACGAAGCGCAGGACAGUUUGCUCGUCAGCAGCACGUCGGGGUUUUUCACUGGCGUUUUCGGCAUGUGGAACAUCUACGUUCUGCUACUUCUCGCUAUGUACGCCCCAUCGCAUAAAGUCUACGCCGGCGCGUCGCGUACGUUUCAAUAUAUUUCGUAAUAUAUUACCUAGCUGCAGAGCUCGUCGAUGAAGCUGACGAAAUGCUGAACGAGGGAACGGAGAGCAACCCGCUCACCACAUUUUUGAAGCCGGCCACUGACUGA